CUUCCUUUUAAAUGUGUUCGGGACGUGGACAGGUAGACAAUAGUGUGGUGUGUAUCCGAAGGGUGAACCUUGGAGUUAAGCUGUGCGGCCAGGAGAACCUCGGCCUGGUGUCUGUGCAUGUGGUGACCAGUAAAUGGUGCACAGUUUGUAAGUCUGUUGCUCGCAGUAUAGCGAGUAGUGCUUCCACACGGGUUUGCAGCAACACGCCGACGCUGGCUCAGCUAGUUAUCCACACUGUUAAUCUUCACGUUGCUUGCAUUAUAGCAAGUAACGUUAGCGAUUCCAUACUGGUUUGCAGCAACACGCCGACGCUGGCUCAGCUAGUUAUCCACACUGUUAAUCUUCACGUUGCUUGCAUUAGAGCAGGUAACGUUAGCGAUUCCACACUGGUUUGCAGCAACACGCCGACGCUGGCUCAGCUAGUUAUCCACACUGUUAAUCUUCACGUUGCUUGCAUUAUAGCAAGUAACGUUAGCGAUUCCAUACUGGUUUGCAGCAACACGCCGACGCUGGCUCAGCUAGUUAUCCACACUGUUAAUCUUCACGUUGCUUGCAUUAGAGCAGGUAACGUUAGCGAUUCCACACUGGUUUGCAGCAACGAGGAUUACUUCGUCUGUCCAACUAGCCACUGUUUUUCCUGGGGUUAAUCAUUCCUUUAGUUUGUAUUUGCCUUGAAUAUAUGUGCCACAACGUGUCCUGACCUGGAGCUUGGUGGGCUUAGUGGGAAGGCCUGCUAAGUUUAGCUUGCUAGUUGUACCGUUUGUUGGUUCGUUUAUUUGUCUGUCUUUCUUUCUUUUUUGUCUAUGUUAUGCAACCAUUGUUAAUUGGCCUCGGGCAUUGUGCAAUAUUUCUCUUAGGGGCAGUGUCCUUUUGUAGUGUCCACCUGUGUGCAGUGUGAAACGCCGUGUGCGUGUACGGCCUAUUUGGUGUGGAGUCUCUUUGCAGUGUUUGAGUGUGUGCGUUUACACGCAAACUAUUGACUUUAUUCACUGUGAUCAUAUUUUGCUGUGACUUAUUUAUUGGAGAGCCUUGUCACUGCCACCAACAUAGAAUAUUUGCCUGCCCUGACUGCAUGGUUGUAUUUAUUGUGUCUUCAGUGUUUUAAUAAAAGUAUAUUUUUGAUUA